GAAACAAGUAGUUGCGGUUUACAUGGCGAAACAGUGGUUUGGUGAUGACUGUAAAGUGUAAACAUGCGACAAACAGGUGUCAUGUUAUGCAUAGAAAAGCAUCUUUACAUGUACUGCUCUCAAUUCAGUUGAAUUCCGUUCAAAUAAAAAAUGUCGUCUCCCAUACUUUCUUUUAAAACGUUUGUAUUCUUAUGAUAGUAAGAUCUCUCAAAAUAUAUUUUUGCAGUGCACAUUUUCAAAUUUACUAUGAAUGGAGAUAUUGAACUGUACAUUAGGCAGAAAUGCCCAUGGACAAAACUUCCACCUUCUGUUAAGCAGGUUCUUGGGGACUCUCAAAAAGAAUAUGAAAAAAUAAUUCUUUUAUUUAGCGUAAAAAACCAAUUGCGUUAUCGAGGGAAUCUAGUAAAAAAUGUAAAGAAGGAUGAAAGAGUCUACUAUGAGGAACUUCUUCGAUACAGUAGGGAACAUUUAAUGCUUUAUCCGUACCAUCUGUCUGACUUCAUCGUUACUGGAAUGAGAAUAACGCCAUUUCAGUAUUAUAUAUCAAUGAUGCAGGAGUUACUAGAGCAAGAAAAAAGUUACGAUUCUCUUCCAAAUUUUACUGCUGCUGAUUGUUUAAGGCUUUUGGGUAUCGGCCGAAAUCAGUACAUUGAUCUUAUGAACCAGUGUCGCUCUUCUAAAAAAUUCUUUGGUGUACGACGUAAACCAGUUCGGGAAUUGCUUCCGUCUAAGCCAGUGUCAACAUUUCAGAUUGAGCCUUGGUGGAUGGUUUUUGUAGGAUAUGUUACUGAAGAUGAUAUUAAGAUUAUUCUAGAGAGUGAGAAAUCUAUUAUUGACAAAAUAAUUGACAAUGGGUCACAGCGUGCUGGGGAACUUGAUUUGAAAGAUGUAAAAGGGCUUUACCGUCGGGGCUUGAUCUAUUUAGAUGUUCCUAUAGAAGAUGAUGACUGCGUUUGUGUUCCUCCUCUAGAAGGAUUUGUGAUGAACCGAGUUCUUGGAGAUUAUUUGGAAACACUUUUAUACAAAAUCUUUGUAUCUAUAGAUGAACAUACUACAGUAGCAGAGCUUUCAAACAUUCUUCAAGUUGAUCUUGAUCUUGUAAAGAAUGCUGUUUCCAUGUACUGCCGUCUGGGAUUUGCCCGUAAAAAGGGAUUAGAAGAAUCAUCACUGCAUCCAUCAUGGGGAAAGUCAAAUUUGGACAAAUUAAUUCUAUCUAAAUCAACAAGUGAAGAUGAAAUUAAUACUACAAUCAAAUCAAUGGAAAUUUCCUCUGACACAAUAUCUGAAUCUGAUUCGACUGAUCAAGUCUCCUCAGCUGCUCUUGGUAGUGUGCCUUCAAAACGGAUUGGAUUUCUCUUUGAUUCAACUUUGACUGCUUUUUUGAUGAUGGGAAAUUUAUCACCAGGAUUGAAAAGUCAUGCUGUUACAAUGUUUGAAGUUGGAAAGUUAUCAGAUGAAUCUCUGGAUAGUUUUUUGGUUGAACUUUUAAAGGUAGCAGAUGUUGGUGAAGGCGAAGCAAGAAGGUAUUUUGACCAUGCAUUAACUUUACGGGAUACCAUAGUAUUUCUGCGGCACAAUUCGCAAUUAACAUAUGAUAAUGAGAAUGCUGAUAAUUCUAAAGGUCUUGGGCUUGAUUUACUUCGAUGUGAAAGCCUGUUAAACUUAGAUCAAGAAACGUGUUCUCGUCUCCUCAACAAAAAUUAUUGUGCAUUAAUAUCUAUGGCUCCAUUAACAAACGAAAUUCGUCCUUUAAGUAGUUGCUGUCCAUCUCAUCUAGGCCCCCCAAUACCAGAAAUCAGUUCAGUUUGGUUUAAAUUAUAUUUGUACACUCUAACCAAAUGUGGCCCACCAUCUCUCCUUAUAACAAAAGGUACAAGGCUCAGAAGUCUUCCACAGAUAUUCAAGGAUCAUGAAAAACUUCUUGUCACUACUUGGGCACAUGAUCCAAGUACUGUUCCAAUGUCAAACGCCUUGCCUAUACUUAAUGAUGCUCUUUGUCAUUCGGCAGUUCUUGUACAGGGUCAAGGAUCUAGCUGUGAACUUGCUUACAUUCCAUUUCCUUUAUAUUCUUCAUCUGAUGCAAAAUCUCCUAGUUUAAGCUUGGAAAACCAUAUUGCAGUUCAAUCUUUGUCAAAGGAGCUUGACUUAAAACACAGUUGUGGAUACAUUACUUUGAUGAAAAUUGUAGAAUCAACAUUUGUUCAAAAAUUCCCCAGAACAACAUCCAAGCAAAAACUGAAAAAUGCUGAUAGAUUAACUUCUCCUAUGAUUUUAAAUUUUGAUACCAGUGGUAAAGAAAAUAAAAAAAUGAAGGAACAAAUAGACCAUCAUGUUAUUGAAGAUGAGAAAAGUUUGAAUGUUUCCCAAGCUAGUGAAAAAAACUGGGUGCUAUUAGAUUGCUCAUUUGGCAUUCCAUUAUUUGAAGGUUACAUUAAUAGAGAAGUGUGCAAAAGAUUAUUAGAGCAAAGGCUUUGCUCUAAAGCAAGCUUGAAAAAGUUGAAUGCAAGCCAAAGAAAGCUGUGCAUUGAUAUUUUGCAGUUCAUCGAGUUCUAUCAGCCCAUUGUUCAGUCCGAUUUGAUGAGAAAUUUUACUUUUGCACCUAAUCGUCCAGGUUGUGAUUCUGAGCUUCCUUUGCCAACUGAAAAUUUACUUUUCUGUGAUGGUAAACUGUCAUUUUGGGAUCAAGAUUCACAAGAAGAUUUCUGAGGCUAUUUUUUUCUUAAUAACUAACAACUUUGUAAAAAGAACUGUUUAUUGAUAUUAAAAAAUAAAUAAAUCUGUAAGUAUAUAUGUAUAUAUGUACAACAUGUCCACAUUUAACCUGUAUGACCUCUAUUUUCUCAACUGUUGCUCCUGCAUGUGUACCUCCAAUUGCAAAAAUGGUCAAAUGAGAAGCUGAGUUAAGAUAUUCAAAGUGGAGAAAAAUCUCAAACACAUAAAAGAAAUAAUUCAAGCUCAAAAAAUAUGACGUACGACGAAUAUUCUCAGAGAUAUGAAAUGCUCUGUUUUGUGACACAUACCACUUUACACUGGUAGUCAUUUUUCAAAGCCAUAUAGGGGCUAACAAAGAUGUAAAUUAGUUGUGGGCAUUAUGUUUUUUUUUUCAAACUCCUUUUUUUUUCCGCUUCAAACUUUGAUAUCAGAACUCCAUCUUAUUUUAACCAUUUUUGCAAUUUAAAGUAUGCAUCAAGGACAAACAGUUAGUUAGGCCUCUAUUAAUCAAACUGUAAAUAGAGGUUAUGCAGGUCAAACGUGGUUAUGCUGCAUAUACAGAGACUGACGAAAAAUGUAAUAUUUUAGAAGCCAGAAAAAAUUUUGGUGACAGACAAGCUGUCUCUCUGAAUUAACUGGAAAAUAUAGUGUUGCAUGGCAUCUGAAACAUUCUUAUUUUGAAGAACUAGUCACCAAGAUAUUUUUUUUAAGUUGCCUGGGAUUUGUCAGACCCUGUAUAUAUAUAUAUAUAUAUAUAUAUAUAUAUAUAUAUAUAUAUAUAUAUAUAUAUAUAUAUGUGUGUGUGUGUGUGUAUGUAUGUGUGUGAAGUAAAUGUGUAAGUUUUAAAUGCAAUAUAUAUAUUUUAUAUGUUUUUCAACACUGAUGAAGUUGUAAGUUAACAAUAAAAUGUUUAUUAUGUUAU